AUGCCGUUGGACGAGGACGAGUUCGUGGCUCCUCUGAUGAAGAAUCUCCUCUCGCCGAUUUUGAAAUGGUUAGACAUGAUGUUAAACCAAGAGAACAACUGGGUAUUGGCGUUCUUGGGUGCUUUCUGCUCGGCGAUUCGCAUGUUCGGGACGAGACGGGUCGAUCUGGUAGGUAACAUUGUCUACGAGAUGCUGAGUUCAGUGACAGAACUGGUGAAGAGAGGAAUGGAACUAGGUUUUGUAAUAAGAGCCUUCAGAGAGAUGGAAAUGAUCAUGUCGAAACAAUCCGACUGGUACUGCAUCGACGAGUACAAAUUCGUUUCGGGUUUGAUACGAAGGAUGGAAGGGGUUGAGGGGAUGAAGCACAAGACCAAGGCCGUCUUAUGGAGAAUUCAGUUUGUGAUGGAGAUGAACACGGUCAGAUCUGUCAAAGUUCGAGACAACGGUGUGGAUGAUUGGCUCAAUCAGUGCAUUCAGAAUGGAAACUGUCGUGGUUUUUAUAAUGUGAAAUGUAUCAAACUGAACUGA